GUGAAAAAUAUUGUCACCCCAAAGAGGAUGUCUGUUGUUACCAUCUGCGUUUUCGUCAUCCUCAUCUUCAGUGUCUCACCGGUUUACGUUGUCAACAGCUUAGCAAUGAAGUUCUACCCAUCCAGAAACAAAAGUCUUAUUGGCUUGGUGUUCACGAAAGACAGAGAUCAUAUUGAAAAAGUAUCGUACGUAAUAAAUAACAUUGUUGUCUCUUUUAGCGCCUUUGUGGUAAUAAUUUUCUGCACUACAAUCCUAGUGAUAAAGUUAAAUCGAAAAACCAAAUUAAGAAAGACAUUGGUUUCUAACGCACAGGGGGAUAAUAUCUCCGGUCGUAAUCAGAAG